AUGUACCUCCCUCUUGCGUCUCUUUCAUUCGCGUCCCUCGCCGCGGCUGCUCUGCCAGAGGGCGUGAUUGAAAUCCCACUCCAGCGCAUCAAAAAUCAGAGCGCGUAUGGCGCAGAAUUCCAAGUCGGCAACCCGCCGCAAAGGGUCAUCAUUUCGGCCGAUACAGGCAGCCCUACCUACGCCUUUGAGUCGCCCCGCAAUGUUGUAUGCCAGCAAGGCUUCUGCUCAGCAUAUGGCACCUAUGACAACACAACUUCCACCACCACUAAAUGGAUCAGCAGUGAUUAUAGUGAUAUGCUCAUCGAUCAUGGCUUUGGAAGUUUUAUUAAUGACACUCUUCGGGUCGGCGGCAUUACCCUCGAAGAUAUGAUGUUUGGCGUUGUUGAGCUAAACGCUGCGUCUUUUCCCAUCAACACACAGCAAACUGCCAUCUUCGGCCUUGGAGCCUUCUGCCAGACCAAGGCCUGCGACACAUACCCGACUUUCCUCAACCAGCUAUACGAGCACGGCGUUAUUUCACGUCGUGCCUUUAGUGUCUAUCUAGGACCGAACGAUGCCGACGCCAAAGGCUCGCUACUCAUCGGUGGAAUUGAUCUUGCUAAACGCCAAGGCCCUGUUUACAAGUUGGAUGUCCAAGACCCGACAAUCACAGCGGCGAAUGAACAGCCUAACUGGGUCAGCCUCUCUAGCCUUGAAUUGCAGCUCGCAAAUGGUACUAAAGUGACCUCUACUUAUGAUAAUGGCACGUAUGCUCUCUGGGACACCGGCUCUCCCGGAUGGUUUGUUCAGCAGGAUCUGUUUGACGCUCUCACCAGCUAUUGGGGCCUCACAAACCCUGAUCCAAACGACACCCUGUUUGUGGAUUGCAAGUUUCGUGAGCCAUCUGAUGACUUCAUUGCUGUCAACCUUGGCCAGGGAGCUAUCAUCAACGUGCCGCUGAGUUCUCUGCCCAUUGAUAAUGGUGAUGGAACUUGCACUGCACCUGUCGCGCCCUUUGGCAACUUAUUGGGCGAUGCCUAUCUUCGCAAUGUCUACUUUACGUUUGACUACGACAACCUGACGAUAGAGUUUUCUCUUGCUAAGUAUACUGACGAGAAGAACAUUGUCAAAAUUGAGUGA